AUGUCUUCAAUUCUGUCCCUGGGUGAUAUUCCCACUGUGGCGCUUCUGUACCGCACGAAGCAUCUACUUCCUGUGUCCUCAAGAUUUACCCCAUCCCAGUCGCUCAACAACACCGUCUCUAUCAUCCGCAAUGACAUCACCAAGCUUCAAGUGGACUGUAUCGUGAAUGCUGCCAAUGAGUCUCUCCUCGGGGGUGGUGGAGUGGACGGUGCAAUCCAUCGAGCUGCAGGUCCCAAGCUAGUUGAAGAAUGCGACCAUCUUAAUGGAUGUGAGACUGGCGAUGCAAAGAUCACCUCCGCCUACGAGCUGCCUUGCAAGCGCGUGAUCCACACAGUUGGACCAAUCUACAGACAAGAAGAGGACCCCGUUGCGCUUCUUCGAUCCUGUUACCGACGCAGUCUAGAAGUGGCAGUCGAAAACGACAUGAAGAGUAUCGCCUUCGCCGCGAUCAGCACCGGAGUCUACGGCUAUCCCAGUCGAAAAGCCGCCAAAGAUGCCAUUAAGGAAGUGAGAAAAUUCCUUGACGGACCUAAUAUUGGAAAGCUGGAGCGUGUCAUCUUCUGCAACUUUGAGCUCAAGGAUGUGACAGCCUAUGAGGAAUUCAUUCCCGAGUAUUUCCCUCCCACGAAAGAAGACUUGGCUGAGAGCAGCGACACUUGA